GUGCCAUGCUCCUCUCCAUCCUGGUGGCUUUGUGCCUGUGGCUGCGCCUGGCGCUGGGCGUACGGGGCGCCCCCUGCGAGGCUGUGCGCAUCCCCAUGUGCCGGCACAUGCCCUGGAACAUCACCCGGAUGCCCAACCACCUGCACCACAGCACGCAGGAGAACGCCAUCCUGGCCAUCGAGCAGUACGAGGAGCUGGUGGAUGUGAACUGCAGCUCUGUGCUGCGCUUCUUCCUCUGCGCCAUGUACGCACCCAUCUGUACCCUGGAGUUCCUGCACGACCCCAUUAAGCCCUGCAAGUCUGUGUGCCAGCGCGCACGCGACGACUGUGAGCCUCUCAUGAAGAUGUACAACCACAGCUGGCCGGAGAGCCUGGCCUGCGACGAGCUACCCGUCUAUGACCGCGGAGUGUGCAUCUCUCCCGAGGCUAUAGUCACGGACCUUCCAGAAGAUGUGAAGUGGAUAGACAUCACACCAGACAUGAUGAUGCAGGAGAGGCCUUUUGAUGCUGACUGUAAACGUCUGAGCCCUGACCGGUGCAAGUGCAAAAAGGUGAAGCCGACUUUGGCAACAUACCUGAGCAAAAACUACAGCUAUGUUAUUCAUGCCAAAAUAAAAGCCAUCCAGAGGAGUGGUUGCAACGAAGUAACCACCGUGGUGGAUGUGAAAGAGAUCUUCAAGUCGUCCUCACCCAUACCUCGAACCCAAGUCCCCCUCAUCACGAAUUCCUCCUGCCAGUGUCCACACAUCCUGCCCCAUCAAGACGUCCUCAUCAUGUGCUACGAGUGGCGCUCACGGAUGAUGCUUCUUGAAAAUUGUUUAGUUGAAAAAUGGAGAGAUCAACUUAGCAGAAGGUCCAUACAGUGGGAAGAGAGGCUCCGUGAACAGCAGAGGACAGCGCAGGACAAGAAACGAACAGCCAGCCGCACCAGUCGCAGUAACCCUCCCAAGCCGAAGGGAAAGCCGCCCAUUCCCAAAGCUGCCAGUCCUAAGAAGAACGUCAAAGCUAGAAGCGCCCCCAAAAAACCAAACCCGAAGAAAAGUGCAAGUUAAGUACUUUCCCAGAUGGAGCCACGCGUACAGGAUUCGGCGGUACUGCCCGGGACAGCCUACAGACGGUCACACACCACUUGCCUUAAGGACUCACUCCAGUUCUCCGCAUAGACACAUCUUGUAGCACUUUUUUAAUGAUAGCUUCCAUUUUUCUCUUUAAGCCACACAGCCCCAAGCGUGGUUGGUCCUCUGGAAUGGAAGGAGCGAGAGGGAAGGCUGGUGCACGGGUUUGCCCUCAGGGUAGCCUGUGUGCAUACUCUGUGACCUUCAUGAGGUGGGAAAGGCACUUCUGUUUUGAGAGUUUGACCUAAUAUAUACAUUUUAAAGUUCACAUAAUAUGUCAAACAAAACAGUAUUUUUGACAAAAAAAAUAUUUUAUUGCCUUUGACUUCUGUUAGGAAGUUAGUGAUUAAAUGUGAUUAAAAGUAUGCUUUUGACGAAGGCAGGAGAAUGAUACUUAACAGAUCUUCAUGUGUUUGCUGCCUGCAAACAAACAGAUACUUUUCUCAUGAAUGGGGUUUUGAAAAAUUAGAGAUACAGGAAAUCGUCAGACUUUCAACGCUGUCUUUAGCCAGAAACUUUGAAAACUAAGCUAACAGUGACAAAUAAAAAGGAGAGGCAGA